AUGCUAAAUGGGGAAGAUAAGGAAGGAAUCGACCUCCCCUCGCCCAGGAGCAUCUCUGCCUUGCGUCACCAUCGCGACAACACCGUCUUCUCCUGCACGGCGACCUCGCGCCACUCCACCGCACAGUCGCCUCCGUGCACGAUCGACGUAGCGGUCGCCCAGGAGGCCGCCCUGCCCCCUCGCGGCGUCGCACAAGUCCGCCAGAUCGCCCCUGCCCAGGAACCCGCCCGGCACCCGCGCGGCCGCCCCGCCCUGCACGGCCCCUGGACCAGCUGUAAUUCUUUCCUGCACUCAAGGUUUUAUCGAAGGAGAAGAAGAAGCGGAAGGGGAGGUAAGGUGGAUGAACACAAGAGUAUCUUAUUCGAUCCAGCAAAAGGGAGCUUCAGGAUGUCAGGUGAGAAACCAUGCAAAGAAAAAAGGUUGAACAAAAAAAACUUAUGGAAGAGGCAAAGGACAAGUUGAGUGUCGACGUACUCCGCGAUAGAGAGGAGAAAGAAAGGAGUCGGCACAUGAAGAGAGGCACCCAAAGUUAAAAUGUUGUAGUAUUAAUAACGUCAAGAAUCUAUCAUGGUUAUUGGCUAUAGUUCAGUAUCAGCUAAGAUUGUGCACAUUUGGACUACAUGGUUUCAUGUUUGAGCUGACUUGCUUCUUGUUAAUGUCAAGCGUUAUUACUUAUUACUACUAUAUUGGCUUUUUGUUAA